UAAAAGGAGGAAGUGCAGCAGUGAAUUUGUUAACUAACGAGUGGAGAGUGAGGGAAUUAGAAAAGGUUGAAAGUGGAAACAGAGAGAGAGAGAGAGAGGAGAUGGAAGAGAAUGAGCACGGGAGUGAGGAGAGGGAGAGAGUGUGUUUGAGCAUGCAAAAGGACAAUGGAACAACAGAGAGUCACAGAUACUAUCUCUCGCGCAGAACAACGCUUGAGAUGCUAAGAGACAGAGGCUAUUCCAUUCCAUCCUCAGAAAUCGACCUUUCCCUCUCUCAAUUCCGAGCCACACACGACCUUUCCCCCAACCUCGACCGCCUCCGCUUCUCCGCCACUCACGCCUCCAACCCUUCCAAAAGGGUUUUGGUCAUUUUCUGUGCCUCUUCCGUUGUCAAAGUCACAAACGUUCGGUACAUUACGGCCCAGAUUGUAAAUAAAGACACCUUGACUGGCCUCAUUUUGAUCGUCCACAGUCAUAUUACUAGCCAGGCCUCCAAAGCCCUCAAUCUUCUCUCCUUCAAGGUUGAAGUUUUCCAGAUCACAGAUUUGCUUGUUAAUAUUACAAAGCAUGUAUUGAAGCCAAAGCAUCAGGUGCUGACUGAUCGGCAGAAGCAAAAUCUCCUGAAGAAGUACAAUAUUGAAGAAAAGCAGCUUCCCCGGAUGCUACAGACAGACGCAAUUGCACGAUAUUAUGGUCUUGAGAGGGGACAAGUAAUUAAAGUUACCUAUAGUGGUGAAAUCACCCAGAUGCAUGUCACAUAUCGAUGCGUCUGGUGAUUGUUUCUUGUCUUCUCGUAUUUUGCUUGUUGAAUUCGUAGUACUCUGCUGUUGGACCAUGCUUAAGAGGUUUAUGAUGGUACAAAUUGUAAGUCCCUGAUUAAUCCUAAUGCUUUGAACUCUAAAUUUGGUGGUGUUUUUUCUUUUUCUUAAACCCUCAAAGAACAAAUCCGCAUCGAACAAUUCCAUUCGCCGACUUUUUUUUUCUUUGCACUAAC